AUGGCAAAUGGCGCAUGCGUCGUCUGCAUAGAAACAGUUCGGAUAAUUGAUCAGGGAGGGAUUAUAGCGUUCUGGAAACGACUGCGAAAGCCACCUAGAACCUGGCGAGAGAAAAUAAAGAAGAACGCCUUGCAUAGCCCAAAUACGUUCUCGCACGACACUCAAAGGACCCUCUCAGCAUCGCGUCUCCCUCAGCCCCCCACGAGUAAAGCGAACAGCCGAAUAUCAAUUUCAAGCAACCGCGAGGCGAAAUCAGCAUCCCCGCCCCUCACGCGCUGCCGACCCUGUUCAUACUACUCGUAUAAAAGCCACCAAUCCCACCCCAACCCCACCACGUCUCGAUUUAUCCAGUUUGCACCGAUGUCCUUCCGCCGCGCAUUUACCGCUCUUUUGGCUGCCACCGCCGUCGCCUCUUCCCCUCUCGCAGCUCGCGACGCCGGGCCAGAAUGUACCAUUGUCGUCACCCCCAAAUCAUCCAGCUACGCCGCCGGCGCUGCCAACCAGCUGACCUACGGUUUUCUGUACCGUUUCGGAGAUUCGACCUAUCCCAACGGAACGAGCAUCACUAGUAUCACCCUGAAUUAUGGGCCAUCCGUAAGCUCGAACGGCGAUGGAACUUACACCGCCAUCACUGCUAUCACCGCGACGGGUCUGACUUCAGAUGAAAUCGCGACUAUCAUCGAAGAGCAAUGGCCAGAGACGUGGGUUUGGGGAGAUUCUAACCCUGGAUAUGAUUGGUACAUGAACAGCACGGCGUGCUAG